AUGGCAGGUACCCCGCUAGACAGCUCCAGCACCAGCACCCCGCCUGGUGCUGUAUCACCGGAAGAUUCCACACGAAUGCACGGCGAGUAUCUGGAAGACACAGAAUCCGAAAGCACAAGGAAACGUCCUCGCCUUGACCGCGGCAGAGUUUCUGGUGAGGCAAUGUCGACCGAAGGAGCAUCGCCUGUCCCUCAAGCCGCCUCUCCCAAGACGCCAGACCGCAACGACCGUCCGUCUGUACAGCGCCCAUCAAGCCGUGUCACGAUCAAUAUGAAAUCACCCUCUCAAGCCAUGGCUUCCACCCAAGAUUUGCUCCUAACCGGUGGGCUCCCCGAACGGGAAGAUGAGACGCAGCCAGAAGUCGCAAAUACUCCAACAACACCCACCGAAGAUGCCACCAUGGCUGGAGCUCAUUCUUCCACCGCUAUUUCAAUCACAUCGUCGCCCGCACAAAGCCCCGAGAUCGAGGUGGCUGAUCUGGAGGAUAUGGAUCAGGAUCCGAAUACAUCACAAUGGCGCCCAUUGGGGGAGGCUCUCCGCGAGCAGAAUACAACAGGCGUAGUUGAGGUCCACGAACCAUUUUCACUGGCAGACCAGUUCCCAAAGUUACGUGGAAACCCUGACCUGAGAGAGUCUCUAGAGGAGACUGUGAACAUGAUUGAGAAAGGUCAUCCUCAGGAUAUGAUGCUCUUCAGUGCGGUCAAACAAUGGCUAGAUUUAUGUGCUGAAAAUUUAUCACAACUUACCCUGGAUUCCAUCCAAGAUGACCGAGAAUUCUGGGAAGAAUUGCCUACGAUAGUCGAAGGAUUGCUGCGUAGAGCAGUGAAUUUCCAAACAAACCAAACCCAGGGCAUGUGGCAGUAUUUGGAAGAGUUUUUUCUUGAUUUCGGAAAUCUUGCUGUUCACAUGCUGCAUCUCGACAUAGGCUAUCUCACACUGGUUUGCCAGGACCCAGACAUACAGCCCCAAGACACUCUCAGCAGACCGUACUUGCAAUCUUUAGCUUGGACUCUUCAAAUCUCCAGCAUUCCAUUCUUUCGCGCCCUGACACGAAUCAACCACUCCAAAGUCGCAAACCUCAUUGCUCGGAUCAAUGAUCACAUCGCUGAUGCCCCUACCAAUAUUCUGCCACGGCUUUCAGAGUAUAUGUUGUUGGUAUUCGAGCUUCUUCCAAAACUCCCCCAUCUAGCGCCAGCCUUGGCUUCUGCGUUAGCCGUUGCAUCGAACUUGGUUGAGUCCCGCAAUGAACGUCGUAACCAUGGUGCCGAUGAAGAGUUACUGGAUACUCCCGUCACCAACCGGGCCAUCAAGAACUCCUACUCCCUUUUCCGUACGGUCAACGAGAAAUAUCAACAGGCUGUUUCGAAAAAAGCGUCUUGGGUUACUUCUGACGUCAGUGAGAACCUUUCUCGCUCUAUCGGCCUUGCUUUUCGCAUAUACUGUGAUUGGGAUCCUACUUUUGCCGCCAAACUAGCACAAGAUCUAUCCCUCGAUUUACCCGAAACUUCGAAUGAUGACUACUCUGUAAUCGUCUUUUAUGGUUGGAAGUUCGGCUCCUUAAAAAGACACAUUAUGGACGGGCGUAUGGAGCUCCGAGUGUGGGGCGUGGAAUCCAUGCAGAUCGAACUUGUCAGCAUCUGGCGGCAGAACAUCCAGGGCAAUCCGGAAGGAAUUGAAUCCCCGGUUGUGCAAUAUCUUUUGAAGUUUCUGCGGGACAUUCGUAUUAUCGAUUAUAUUGUCGGGGUAGGAUCACAUCCUCAGCUGAUAAGCCGCAGUGGGAACAUUGUCGGCUUCUUUGUGGUGACAAACACCUACACCAAUGCCGAUACCGACACUAUCUGGAAAGCUAUCACAGAUAGCCAGGACCAGAGGACCAUUGGGGAGGUGUUGACACUGCUUAGCCGUACCAUCACAAUGCAUACGUCCUCCUCCACUGGUCUUCUCUACUUGUCCUCCAAGCUCCUUGAAUUUUCUCUCAGCCGAUUUGACCCUCGUGUCAUUGAGUUUUGUGAUCUUCUUUUCAAAACAAUGAGAGAAAAGUACGAAGAGCGUCAUCGCAGUGACUUUUCAGAGACCACGUACAUCGAUUCGACUCCAUUGCGUUUGUGCGUGCGCUUGAUACGAGAGUCAAACUCUUGUCACGACAUUAGCGACGAACUCAAAGUUACGCUCCAGAGAUUUGCGGGCAAUCAAUUACAACAAUUCUUGCAUUUUGGAAUGAGCGAGCCUGAUAAACGAGAUGUCUACGAGCAAUGCAUUGAAGACAUUGGCCAGAAGAACGAAUUCGCCUCCGGAAGCAUCCAAGCUUUGAAUGCACUGAUUCCAAUGGGGUUUGACUCUCAAGAAAUUCGAAAACUGGCCACGGACUAUGACUUAACGGCACUAAUUGUUUCGGAGUUCACACAUUUUUGGGACAAUAUCACAGAAUUCACCGAUCGAUUCUCGCAAAAUGCGCUAUUAUCCCGUGUCCACUUUCUUGGUCGUAUGAUCGACAAGAUACCAGACAAGAUAACACCGGAGCUUAGUGAUGUUCUUUGGACAAAGGUAUUCAUGACAGGCAACAUAGACCUUGCAAGGGGUUUUGUGUGGGAUAUGUUAUGCCGAGUCACAAAGCAUUGUAUAGCGCAAAACCCUUUCAUAGAACGGUGUCUCCAUGAGUAUUUACCAAAAGUGUCGCCUGAAAACUACUCACCCGAGAUUGCCUCAUUUGCUGAACACGCAGUUCACUAUGAGAUUCGCUUCAACCCUCCACCUAUCACUGGCGAGAACGAAAUUAUUGCAUUGCCAGGAAUGGAGCGAAUUUGGGAGUUCAUUUUGACCGCUCCUCCAAACACUAUUGAAGGAAGAGCAACUCAUUUUGCGAUUGAGGCCUACUUAGACCUCCCGCUCAUACGUAGGGCGCCAGCAUCAGCGGCUGAAGCAACGCACAUUUCUCUAGUGGACCGCUGUGUUGAGCAAAUCAAAUCAGCGGCUACAAAGUUGAAAUCCUUCGACGAUGCGCCAGGCGGAGAUGACAAAACGAUGGUGACUGCUGCAGACGAACAAGAAAUUCUCUCCGCCGGCCUGAAGCUGAGCCGUUCUUUACUGUUCUUACAACAGCUUCUACAGGGUCUACGGUCUCGACCGCAAUACAGUCCACCACAAGGACCCCCGCCCGAGCUUCCCGAGCGUAUUGGCAAUGGAGACCCCGUUGAUAUUUCGUAUCAAUGUUUCAACGAGGCCAAUCAUUCUAAAAUCCGUGUUCUACGUAUCGGCAGCCUUUGCACUGCAAGGGAAUUGGUUGAUCGCCUGGUUCGUGUUACCGGUUUUCGAAAGUUCAGUGUGAUACAUUCGGGACGGAAGAUAAAUUUGCUGGAAGAUCCAAACGCAACCGUCGAAGAUCUCGAUAUUAAGGCGCUUCUGAUUAUCCGAAAGAUCCCCGAUGGCCCUGAGUUAGUGGCUGCUGGACGACGUCAAUCACUCACUUUGGUUGACUCUGAGGUUCUCAAACACUUUGACGACCUCUAUGAUCUUCUUGGUCUCAAGGACAAUUAUGCACGCGAAAUAUAUGAUUUCCUCAUAGUAUUUCCGCCACAAGAACGUUCCCGGGAACUCGUGAGAGCGGAAAGCAAUACAGAAGAUGAGCUUUUUCCAAUGGAGAAACCCUACAAACUCUUAUAUUCUGUGAAAGCGCUUUCUACGUGUUUGCGGGAAGAAUCCCUUGAAGCCGAACCUAAAGAAUCCUUCAUCAGCCACAGCGUCCAAGUGGUAAUCAGUGCCUUGAUUCGACCCAGCAUGGCAGUGGAACUUGGUAACAAUAUGAACCUUGUAUUUGCUUGUCAUUUAAUCGAAUGUCUUUUGCUAUGUCUUUCUGUGAAAACAUCCAGCUCCCAUACGAUACCCAAUGCAGAACCCUUGGUGAAGAGGCUCUUCUUCUUCAUCGAUGCGGCCCAGAAAAUCGACCAAAACCACUUCAUGGACAUCAACGUUCAAAUACUUAUAUGCCAGUCCUUUUCCGUCCUCAUAGAAGCAUCUGUCUGCCAACAGAGCUUCUGGGAGGUGACCAAGCAACAUACCCAAUUUGGUACCUUGAUAUUUUCUCUGCUUCUGGAAGAGAAACGACCCUCGAUCCGUCGUCAAAUUGCGGAGAAGAUCAAAGUUAUCUGCGGGUCCUCAAAGACCCAGAAAAAGACAGCAGCCACGGAAAGCGCUGAUGAGGAUGUUUCUACUCCAGAAAACUCUACAGUACUUGACAUCAUCGCCACUGUAUGGGACGCUUUCGUUCAAAAUAUGCAGCUUUCAGUACAGUAUGCAGAUCAGUCCCAGGAAUUCUUUUCUGUGGCACUUGUGGUUAUCCGGUCAAUUACUGAGAGAUCCCCUUACGACAUUGUAUUUACCGAAUACAUUUCCCAUUGGAGCGAGGUUAUGUUGAGCCACAAGACUCAAGAGUUUGUUGGGCGAGAGCCAGUUGAUCAUGUGAUACUGGGAUUUGCUCGUCUCAUACGAUGGUGCUUGGAGGUCGCGGAACGAACGGAUACACAAGUGAACGCCACGGAUUUCAUCGAGAGUAUGAUCAACAACUAUUUGUUCCCCGACUUGUCAGAACCUUCGGAUACCGAAAUCACUACACCGCGAAUUCCCAUCAUGCACGAAGAGACCAGGGAAGAGUUAUAUCAUAUUCUUGUUUUGCUCUGCAAGCAAGUAGACAACUAUGCCAAAGUUGUCGAUUUGAUGUCAGAUCUCAUUCCUCAUGAUUACACAUACAAUACAACGUGGGCAGUGGAUAGGUUGAAGGCGAUCCGAUCACCCGAAGGCUACGCAGGGCUCAAGAACUUGUCAAACACUUGCUACCUCAACUCUCUAUUUACCCAACUCUUCAUGAACGUACCAUUUCGAGAAUUUAUGCUACAAGUCUCAGUGACCGAACCUGAAACGUCACAGAAACUUCUAGCAGAAACAAAAAAGAUUUUCGGAAACAUGCAAGAGACUUGGUGUAAAUAUGUCGAUCCAGAAGGCGCUGUUGGGACAAUUCGCACCUAUGACAACGAACCGAUUGACGUGACCAUUCAGAUGGAUGUCGAUGAGUUUUACAACCUCCUCUUCGAUCGGUGGGAGGCGCAAAUCUUAAACCCAGAAGACAAGAAAAGUUUUAGGGCAUUCUACGGCGGACAACUGGUUCAACAAAUCAAGUCGAAGGAGUGUGAACACAUUUCAGAGCGGCUUGAGCCAUUUUCAGCAAUUCAAUGCGAGAUCAAAGGGAAAGCAAACUUGGAAGAAAGCCUGCAGGCAUACGUGGAAGGGGAGAUUAUGCAAGGAGACAAUAAGUACUCGUGCACAUCCUGUGGAAGGCACGUGGAUGCGGUGAAACGGGCCUGUUUGAAAGAUGUACCCGACAACCUCAUCUUUCAUCUGAAGCGCUUUGACUUUGACAUGCUCACCAUGCUGCGCAGUAAGAUCAAUGAUGAAUUUCAGUUUCCAGAGAGAAUCGACAUGACUCCGUACAAAGUCGAAUAUCUUUCUGAAUCUGACAGUCAACUUGAACCGGACAUCUUUGAAUUAGUCGGCGUUCUCGUCCACAGUGGCACGGCUGAGUCAGGUCACUACUAUAGCUACAUUCGUGAACGUCCAGGAGCCGACUCGAGGAAGUCAUGGGUUGAAUUUAAUGACGCCGAUGUCAGCUCAUUCGACCCGUCAAAAAUCGCUGAGCAAUGCUUUGGUGGAUUAAAUGAUUCUCUGCACACGGCAUCGAUGGGACAAACACGCUACGGAAAAGUUUGGAAUGCUUACAUGCUCUUCUACCAGCGUGUCUCCAGCAUGGAUUCGGCCACGAAGAGAUAUAAGCCCCCCACCAAGGAUACCCCGGUUCAUGUGGACCUGCCUAUUGAUCUUGGCAAUCACAUCGCCAUGGAAAAUGAGCUCUUUAUUCGCACAUAUUGUCUCCUAAGCCCUUACCAUGCCUCUUUCGUUCGUUACCUCCUCCGUUUAUCGAGUGAACUUGUGUCUACAGGCGAGUCCAAUAGCUCUAGCCUACAAAAAACGGCGAUCUUCAUCGCCAUGGAUACCUUGGACCAAUUGAUAUCGAGGAGUCGAGAGUUGCCGGAGCUUGAUCGGAUUUGGCCUGAAUUCAACAGAGCCAUAUAUGAUACCCCUAAAGGAGCAUAUAGAAUCAUGCAGUGGAUCGGCGAGAGAGAUACAGGUCUGCGUAAUUUGAUUUUGAAGCCCCUGCAAGCAUCAGUUCGAACCGUUUCCAAGAAAAUAUUUGCGUCGGCACUUUCUAGGGUCGAAGACUUGUCCAGAGACGAAAAUAUGGAUGAAACCGAACGAGACAAAUGGGAAUAUCGGUAUACUGGAGCCUGGGAAGAAAUCAUAGAUAUAAUGAGCAAUAUGUGGCCCAUUCUUCACACAGCAAGCCGUUCAUGGGACGACUACUUUGAGCUUCUGUCAAUUUUUACUUCGUUCAAGUCCCCCAUGAUUGAUAUCAUGUUGGACCAUGGAUUUCUGAUAAAAUGCCUCGAGAUCCUUUGGCUGGACAGCGAAGAUUGCAAAGAUCUUCGAAAGUAUUAUAACAACUAUGUCCGACUUGUGGAGAGAGGCCGCAAAUUCUCCCACCGAAAAUUGAUGGACUUGCUUGCUGAUUUGCUCAAAUUUAUCGACUUCACGUUGUCACCUACCCCUGACGAUCAUUCUCGUCUCAUAAAGGACGGCCGAUACUCUUUGAAUGAGACUGAAAGCUCUUUCAUUUUUGAUCUAGAACACAGCAAGACUGGUGAACUUGUUCUUGUUAGGAAGAUUCUUCAGCAUCAAGUUAACCCCACUGCCAGCCACGCCAUACUUCGACAGCUACUAGAGGCCGAACCAGAAACUCAACUGUCGCAGCACAUAAUCAAGGUUUUGGAGGAUGGCCUUAGGGUGGCUCCCGCACAACUCUGUGCUCCAUUCCUGGAGGCAGCCGUCGUUUUCUGCAUGCACAGUCCUGAUGAACAGCAAGUGGUCAACGUGAUCGAUUAUGUGGCUAAAGGGGUGGAAUCCAUAAACAGCAGUGGGGGACGAGAGCAUAUUACCUUCUUCACACAAAUCUUAUCCUCGCGGAACGAACGGAUCGAAAAGGAUGAGCAGUGGUUCGCACAGCAGAUUACUGCGCGUAUUCCCGACUGGGCUCCUACGCUACUUAUUUACCCUGAAAGCGUAGUCAAAGACCUGACCUUUGAAAUGCUACGCGAACUUCUAUUCGGUCAAGAACAGAGUGAGGCAGAUGACAACGGCCGCACAUUCUACACUAAAGUUGCCAGGGAGCUUGCUCAGGCGUGUGUGGAACGACUGAGAAAGACGUAUCUCGUGAAUCCUGGCCAGAACAUUGAAACCAGGAUUGUAGAGACAAUCAAUUUCGUCAUCAACCAUUGUUUGCAAGAAUACUUUGACGGAGAUGAUCCGGAUGAUGCAGAGUUCAUACAACAAGCCGAAGUUGUGCUUGGCGCCAUUAAUCAGUUGUCGGUGGAAAUGCCAGAGGAGAUGGCGUCUGUGUCUGAUUUUGCUUCACCAGAAGAUUGGGAAGACCAGUCGAUCAUGGGAAGUGAUUCUGAGCUUGGCAUGGCAACCCCAUGA